AUGCUGAAACUAAAUGUUGAUGGUGCUUCAAAGGGGUGUAGUGGUUUGUCCGGAGGAGGGAUGGUUGUAAGGACUGCUCAGGGGCAGGUGAUCUUGGCAGCUGAUGCCUUUUAUGGUCCUGGAUCAAAUAUGNAGUGUUUCUGCUGUGAGGUGAUGGCUGAUCAGCUUCUGCUUUGCUGGACUGUUUUGAGGCUCUGUUUGCUGGGCUGUUCUGCUAAUUCAUUCUUGAUUCAAACACCAAUGCAAGCUCUGGUGCAAACGAAUGGCUUGUCCAAGGUGAAGGCACCCAAAAAGAAAGUUGUAACAAUAUUAUGGGUUGAAACUGCAAGGGAAGUUAUGAUUGCCAAGCAUUUCUCCAUGUAA